ACCCUUUUAUAUAUAAACGAUUUUGUUGUUCCAUUGAAACUCGAUACUGAAAGCAAAGAGAAAUCGAAGAAUUCGAAACACAGAAAUCGACAUGGAAGAAGAAUCAAAGACCAUUCCUCACCAAAUCGGCGGUGUCCACACCGAUGUUCUUCGUUUUGGACUCCCCGGAGUCAAGAGCGACAUCGUUGGUGCUCACCCUCUCGAAUCAUCUCUCCAAUCUGUAAGGGGUGUGGAAGAAGCUAUGAAGAGGCAAUGCAAAGUGAACUUGUAUGGAGCUGCUUUUCCACUCAAGGAGGAACUUGACAGGCAAAUUCUUUCUAGGUUCCAGAGGCCUCCAGGGGUAAUUCCUUCUUCAAUGCUGGGUUUGGAGACUGUUACAGGAACUCUUGAUCACUUUGGCUUUGAAGAUUAUCUAAAUGACUCUCGUGAAUCAGAGACUUUUCGGCCAUUGGACAUGCACCACGGAAUGGAAGUUCGCCUUGGUCUUUCUAAGGGACCAGUGUACCCAAGUAUUAUAUAAUCACAUUUUGAUGUUAUUCUAGUACUAAGAGACGAGUGUUUUAUUGAAGCUUCUUGUUCAUUAGAAUUAAAGGGUCCAAGGACCUUGCAUAUUUAAUUGCACACUUGUGUUUGCCUAUGUUUCGGAUGCUAUAAAUCUUGCAUAUUUUAGGCAUUUGAAUUGAAUUUAUA